AUUAUAACUAUAAGUACUAGUGGGAGUAGUAGCAGUAUGCUUGUAAUAUUAGUACAAGUAGUGGUAUCAAUCUUGUAGUGAAUCACUGAAGCUGGUUCUUUAGUUUUUCACUGGCAGACAAGUUAGGCUUUGUCUCUUGGCAACAUGAAACCACACAGUCAGAAAGGGCAUAGCCUUGACAUUCCUCAGCAACUCUGCAUAGUGUUAAUCAAGCUUGAAAAGAUGUCUAUCAGCUUUUUAGGAUGUUGGUCCUCUCCAAACAUCCAAACACACAAAAUGGAUUAUUUUCUAAACACAAAACCAAAGGUUUUCAUGCUGUUCCUGGAAAACCCAACAGAUGGCAUGCCCUGUUAUCACCCUGAAGCUGAAUAAUAUCUAGUAACAUUGUCACAAAGUGGUUUAUUCUCCAUACACCACACCAAUUUGCCAGCAAUCUUUAAUUUUUUGAAUAUACAACACGUCUUAAUUUACUUGUGGAAUGUCUGCAUGACAAGUUACUUCCUGUUACUUACAGGUUACUCAGGUUACUUGCAUCUAUUUAUAGCUUUGCUUUGUUAAAAAUAAAUUAACGAUGAAAAAACUCUGAUACCGGAGGCUAUGUUAAAUAAACAUCCUACACCAUCCAGAGCUGCAUCAGCAGGUACUGCAGUCAGAGCUGCUGUGGAAAAACUGUGGAAAAUUAAUCAACACCAAUCCGACCAAUCAGAUUCGAGAAUUUAACAGCGCUGUGGUAUUAAAGCAUAAGGCAGUUUUUUUUUUUUUUUUUUUGGAAAAGAUCCAUGAGUUAGAAAUAAACCUUUGAAAUUUUGUGCAUUCAUCGAUUAUCUUUGUAAAUCAGGACGAGUUGGUGGUCUCGUGGUAACGCAUUGACUUCUUUAUAUUAGUUUGCGGUUGUUGAUGUCUGUGCUCAUUACUUGUGGUAUCCUGUUGUAUUUCAAUAGAAACGAAUUUAUUGUUUAGCCUGCAAAGCUUUAUUAUGUCUUUGUUUUACACGUCCACAUUUUUUCUAGCGUUUAAUUUUGAGCUGAUUUCUUUCCACCGGGGGAAGUAGGAGUGUUCAGAGAAGAUAAUCGUGUCCACCACUGCUAAUCCUCCUGUAACUAGGUCUGAGGACAGAGAGCUGGUCGAAAUGUAAAUAAAUGCUCGCUGUUUGCUUUGGUGGUGUUUAUGACGUAUCAGGAUAACAUGACGGAGAAAAGAGAAGGGGUGGAUACCAGGUUGAAAUUUACACUAGAGCCAUCUCUUGGAAAGAAUGGCUUUCAACAGUGGUAUGAUGCCCUCAAGGCAGUGGCUAGACUCCCAACUGGAAUACCCAAAGAGUGGAGGAAGAGGGUAUGGCUAACAUUAGCUGAUCAGUACCUUCACAGCAUCUCCAUAGACUGGGAGAAGACCAUGAGAUUCGCAUUCAACGACCGUAGCAAUCCAGAUGAUGACUCUCUGGGAAUCCAGAUAGUGAAAGACUUGCACAGAACAGGCUGCAGUUCUUACUGUGGCCAGGAGGCUGAGCAGGACCGUGUGGUACUGAAGCGGGUGCUGCUGGCUUAUGCCCGCUGGAACAAGACUGUAGGUUACUGCCAGGGCUUCAAUGUGCUGGCUGCCCUUAUCCUUGAGGUCACAGAGGGCAAUGAAGGCGACGCGUUAAAGGUGAUGAUUUAUUUAAUUGAUAAGGUGCUUCCUGAGAGCUACUUUGCCAACAACCUGCGUGCUCUGUCUGUGGACAUGGCUGUAUUCAGGGAUCUGCUCAGGCUUAAGCUUCCAGAACUUUCUCAACACCUUCACCAUUUACAGAAAGUAGCCAAUCGGACAGGGGGAGGUGAGGGACACCAACAAACUCCUUCCACUUUGGGGAGCUAUGAGCCUCCACUCACCAACGUGUUCACCAUGCAAUGGUUUCUCACCAUGUUUGCCACCUGCCUGCCUCACCACACUGUGCUAAAGAUCUGGGACUCGGUUUUCUUUGAGGGAUCAGAAGUGCUGCUGCGUGUUGCCUUAGCCAUUUGGGCCAAACUGGCAGAGAGGAUUGAAGAGUGCCAGACUGCAGAUGAGUUCUACAGCACUAUGGGCUGUCUGACUCAAGAGAUGCUGGAGGACAACUUGAUUGACUCCAAUGAACUCAUGCAGACGGUGUACUCCAUGGCCACCUUCCCUUUUCCCCAGCUGGCUGAGCUGAGGGAGAAGUACACUUACAAUAUCACUCCAUUCCCUGCUGCAGUCAAGUCCAUUGGCAGCCAGGGGCUUCAUGGAUGGGAAAGUGAUGAUGAUGGUGACAUGGAUGAUGAGGAUUCUAUAGUCACUGCUUUGGGAUGCCUGGGACCAUUAGGAGGGCUCCUGGCUCCUGAGAUUCAGAGAUACCAAAAGCACUUGAAAGAGCAGCGAGGUGAACAGAGCUCUCCCUGCAGCAGUAUGGCCGAGCUGAGCCCCGGGGCAGUGGGGGCUGGCCGGGCAGAGCACCACGCCACCAUCAACAGCAUGAUGAUGGAGCGCAUGAGCACAGACAUCAGAGCACUCACUAAGCAGUACUACCGCAUCAAGAGACGACAGCAGCAGCAAGCCAACCUGCUCUACAUUCACACAGGACCGCCAGUGGAAGCUGAACCUGUUGCUCCUCAUCAGUCUAGUAAAGCAGCGAGCUUGGACACUGAUAAAUGUCCAGCGACCGGCAUCUUUGCCUCCCAAAUCCACUCUUCACCUGUGGUCAACCAUCUUUUCUUGGGAAAGAAGGCCAUAGCUGCUCAGCAUCCUUGCAGAAACGGUACAGACCAUGAGCCAGGGCCACUUCCCAGAGCCCAGUCCACCCCCACCCAGGAUCACAGUCUUCAGUCCCCCUGGCGUGCCCAUGUUUGUGCUCAUCGCAGGAAUCUGGCCCGGGCCAGGGCCCAGUUGGGUUUUGAUGACUCCAUGGAGCUAGGGGAUAAAACCAGCCCUGAGCACAAAACAAAGAGUGAAGAGGGAGAGGAGAAGAUGAAGGAAGAGGAAGAUCAAGAGAAGGAGAGGAAAGACAGCAGUGAAAGCCAAGAGAAAGUAGAUGUGCCAUUGCAGGAGCCAGUGGAAGAGAUUAUAGAGCAGGAAGACUCUAAGCUCCAGCUUCAGGAUGCUGGCUGCAGUGAGGAGAUAAAGGAGAUAGAACAACAACUAUCCACUCUAGACCUGGAUUCAUCAGCACAAUCUCCUUCAGAGUUGAAUGAUCCAGAAACACCUUCUCCUCUUUCAGAGCCAGAGCCAGGAAAUAAUCCAGAGCCACAACCCCAACUAAAUGCACAACCACACAACUCAGCAGUGGCAUGCCCUACCCGCCAUGACUCUUCCAGCUCAGAAAGCACAGCUUGCUCUCUCAGGCAGAGCCCCUCUGUAGCCUCUACUCCAGAGAGUCUUCCCAAACCUCAGCAGAUCUUUUCACCUUUUCCCUGCGUCAAAGUACCCCGCAAAUCCAUGGCUGCCCGCAACCUAGGCCUCUAUGGCCCCACCUCCAGAACUCCCAAUGUGCACUUCCCACAUAUGAGCAAAACCAUGAACCGAAUGGGUGCUGGCGUUGCUGCGUCCACCAGGCGGCGAUGAUUAGCAGCUUCACUUAUUCUUCACCUCAGCUCUGAAACCGAGCCUUUCAAAUAUGCAGAAGGCUUGCUUGUUCAGUAUGCAUAGAAGGUUUAGCAGUAUACAGCACAGAAGCCACUGAGAUAUUGUACACAGUAGAUGUAUAGAAAGAAAUGAAGGAAUUUCCUAGCUAGUCAAGUUUAUCAUGAAUGUGUUGAACUUUUUUUUUCCAUCAAAAUUUUUUAUACUCCUCCAAAAGAGCCAAACAGGUUAUUCUUUUCUAGCAGUCAUAAUUGCUGGAGAAUGUAAAGAAGCCUUUAAAUAUUUAUGCUGCAUGUCUGACCUUUGGCUUUUGCCAUAAAUGUAUUGGAUAUGAUGUAUUGGUCACAAAGAUAUAUGACAUUCAGAUAAUAAUAUUUAAGAAAAAAUCAAAUAUAACCUAUUUAUUGACUGGCAAAUACUCUACUGAAUAGAAAACAAAUAAGAUAUACAGUAUCUCAUAAUAACACACCCUUACUUCCAACAUUUAGCUUGGUUUUCUCAUCUCAUACUUUUUGGCAAAUUUCCUCUCGGAAUGUAUUGCAAUUUGCCUGCUCUUCUGUAUCUUUUGUCUGUCACUUAGUUGGUUUUUGCUGUCACGUUUUGGUCAUUUUAGUUUACUAACCAUACACAGAAAUAGCUGUAACUUUACACUUCAUUCCAUAGCUUAUGCUUUAAAGAUUUUUGGGCUGGACAAGGUUAAUAUCUGAGUUUGAACAUAAGUUUAUAUGAAUGUUUCAUGUAAUAUUUACGUUGAUGCUUGAGUUAUUUCAGUGAACAAGAUUACACCAAUAAAAAAUAUACACGUAGAAGACCUGGGAGU